AUGAACAUUCAAGAGUAUUUCGGAAGAAUAUCUUACAACAAGCCCCACAAGGAUGCAGACUUGCAAACCUUAAAAGCCAUCUUCCAGCAUCACAUCCAGGCCAUUCCUUUUGAGAACCUCAGCAUGCACUGCGGGGAGACCAUCGAACUGGAUUUACAGUCCAUUUACAAUAAGAUCGUGCGAAAGAAACGUGGUGGAUGGUGCCUGGAAACCAACUACCUUUUAUUUUGGGCCUUGCAAGAAUUAGGGUAUGACGUCUGCAUUCUUGGUGCGAAUAGCUAUGACCCAGCAGAGAGGGCAUACACUGCUGAGAUGAACCAUAUCCUGCUGAAGGUGGUGAUCCAGGGAAAUUCCUACAUCCUGGAUGCUGGUUUUGGUGGUGCCUACCAGAUGUGGCAGCCACUGAGGCUGAUUUCUGGGAAGGAUCAACCCCAGGUCCCUGGAAUCUUCCGCUUCCUGGAAGACAAUGGCACCUGGUACUUUGAGAAAGUCAAAAGGAAGCAUUAUAUUCCUGAGCAAAGUGAGACUCCUUACUUCACUGACACUCCAGGAUUGGGGAACAUCAGAAAAAUACAUAGAUUCACUCUUGAGCCACGACAUAUAAAUGACUUUCAGGAGUUAAACACAUACCUACAAGUGUCUCCAGAUAACAUACUUCGGAAGAAGUCACUCUGCAGUCUCCAGACCACUGAAGGGCUCAUUGGCUUAGUUGGAUGGACCUUGACUGAGAUGAAGUAUAAUUACACAGAGGACAUGGACCUGGUGCACAUCACAACUCUUACAGAUGAAGAGCUUGAGAAGACACUGAAAGAUAAAUUCAAUAUAGUGCUGGAGAACAAACUUGUACCAGUAAAUGUCCGUGGCUUGCCACCUAAUUUAGUGGAUAAGAUCUAA